GGCGGCAGGCUGGGGGCUCGUUCCUUAGACGCGGAAGAUGCUCCAAAGCAGGCUGUCUGCGCGGAGGGCGGCAGGCACAGAGCCCUCCUGGCGUGGGGAUGGACGGGGGGACCUGGGAUGCAGAGGUGGCCGGUGCUGCUCUUCCUGGCCUGGGCCUGUUUCCUCUUCUUCUCCGGCAUCGGUCUCUUCACCAGCGGCUUCCUGCUCAUGAGGAUCGAGCUCACCAACCGCAGCUCCUGCUCGGACUCGCUGGCCGCCCCAGCCUGGGCCGGGCAGCAGGUCGCGCCCGGCACCUGCUGGAUGCCCCAGCGCGUCCCCAAAGCCGUGCUGCUCAUCAUAGACGCCCUGACCUUCGAGUUCGCCCACUUCGACACAGCUAAGGCGAGGCCCCGGCCCUACGAGAACAAGCUGGGCUUCCUGCACCAGCUGGCCGGCUCCCAGCCCCGCCAUGCCCGGCUCUACCGCUUCCGAGCCGACCCGCCCACCACCACCAUGCAGCGCAUCAAGGGCAUCACCACCGGCUCCCUGCCCACCUUCAUCGACGUGGGCAGCAACUUCGCCUCCUACGCCAUCGAGGAGGACAACCUGCUCGGCCAGCUGGUGCAGAACGGGAGGAGAGUGGUCUUCAUGGGGGAUGACACCUGGGAUGGGCUCUUCCCCCAGAAGUUCUUCCGCUCGUAUUUCUUCCCUUCGUUUAACGUGAAGGAUCUUCACACGGUGGAUGAUGGGAUCCUGCAGCAUCUCUAUAAGACUGUGGAUGGUGGCGAGUGGGACCUGCUGAUCGCUCAUUUCCUGGGUGUGGAUCAUUGUGGGCACAAGCAUGGACCUGACCAUCCAGAAAUGGCCAAGAAGCUCACCCAGAUGAACGAGAUGCUCAGGUCGCUGGUGGAUCACCUGGGGAACGACACCCUGCUGCUGGUGGCCGGGGACCAUGGAAUGACGGAGACUGGGGACCACGGAGGAGACAGUGAGAAGGAGGUGAACGCGGCGCUCUUCGUGUACAGUAAAACGCCUCUCUUUGGAGCCCACCUUCCUGAGGAGCCGGAAACCAUCCCACAGGUGAACCUGGUGCCCACCUUGGCCCUGCUGCUGGGCGUGCCCAUUCCCUACAGUAACAUCGGGGAGGUGAUGGCUGAGCUGUUCUCGGGGGAUGGCGGCGCUGCUUCGGCAGCACUCAGUCAGCUCUCGGCGUAUCGCGUCAACGCCGGACAGGUGGACCGUUUCCUGCACUCCUACUCGCUGGCUGCCCAGGACCUGCCGGCCGAGCGGCUCCGGCACCUGCGGGAGCUUUUCUCUGCCGCGCUGGAGGAGCACGACCAGCUGCUGGCCCAAGUGCAGGAGGGGCUGCCUGCAUCCCCCGAGCUGGAGGCCAGGCUGGGGCGACUGGUUGGCCGCUUCCAGCGUUACCUGCGGGGGGCCCGGGCCGUGUGCACGGAGUCCUGGGCCCGCUUCCACCCGCUGCGCAUGGUGGCUGGCUGCGCGCUCAUCGCCGCCUCCUGCCUGCUCUGCUGUGUCGCCUCGGAGCUGGCGGCGGCCCUGGACUUCUCCUACCGAAGCCACCUCCUGUACCCGCUUCUCUGGGGCCUGGCGGUGGCGGCUCUGCUGGGGCUGGGCCACCUGCUCACCAAGGAGGGGCUGGACCUCAUUCUGGUGUUGUCGUGGUCGGCUGCCGCCUCCCAGCUGGCCUUCUUCUGGCACUGGUGGGGCCGCCGGCCCCGUCGAGCCCAUUUGGCUGGUGUCCAGCUGCCCGUGGCCAGCGCGGGCCUGUGGCAGAGAUUGCGAGCGUGGCAGGGGCUGGUCCUCCCCAUGGGCAUCCUCUUCAUCCGCUGCUGCGCCAUGUUCUCGGACAGCUUUGUGGUGGCCGAGGCCCGGGUGGCCCCGUUCCUGCUCGCAUCCCUGGCCAUCCUGCUGGUGGGGAAGCUGCACUGGCACGGCCGGCUGACCGCUCCGGAAGCCCCCAAGCAGCCUCCGGGCUUUGCCUUUUACCAGAAGGAGAGCUGGCAGCUUCUGUGCCUCCUGGCUGUGCUCCUGGCCUGCCUGCGCCUCUCAGGCCUUUUCCACCAAUGCCGCGAGGAGAUCCCGCACUGCCAGCCCUCGCCCUUCCUGGCCCCGCUCUCCAGCCUGCAGAGCACUCAGGCCAAGAACCUCUUCUACCUCCUGUGCGUGGCCGCGCUGGCCGGGCUGGUGUACGCUGUGCGGCGCUGGCUGCGGCACUACGGGAACCUGAACAGCUCCAGCCCCCUGGUGCUCUUCGUGCGCUGGGCCUUCCCGCUGGUGGCCGUCUGGAUCGCUUGCUACUGGGCCGUCACCUCGGGGGCGGAGGACACGCUGGGCAAGCUGCAGGAGCUGGUGCAGGUGGCGCUGGUGGGCUUCCCACGGGCCGUCUACGGCCUGGCUUCCCUGGGGCUCCUGCUGGUGCUGUGGACGCCCGUGACGGUGUUCGUGAAGGACAGCCGGGAGCCAGUGGGGCCCAUUGUGACCCCUUAUCAGGGGGCCCCCAGCUCCCAAGCUGACCUCCAGCACGUCAUCCCUCAGAUCUACAGGAGGAUGCAGCAGUCUCUGAAGAGCCAGCUAGACAGGGGUCACCGGAGGGCCACGGUGGCAGCCUACGGGCUGGGGAGCGUGUACUCAGCCGCCCUGGUCAUAGUUCUUACCCUGGUGGGCUUCCUCCUGCUGCUCCUGCACAGUGAGAGGAUGAGCCUCUCCUUCCUGCUCCUCUUCCUGGAGGCCUUUGUGCUGCUGCGGAUCCAUGUCUGUGUCGUGAGCCUCGCCGGGGACGCCGAGCCCUUCAUGGUCCCCUGGUAUGCGGUCACCGCCUGGGUCUUUGCUGCCACCCAGUUCUUCUAUUCCACGGGCCACCAGCCCAUCUUCCCAGCCAUCCACUGGAACGCAGCCUUCGUGGGCUUCCAGCAGGGCCACACCACCCACCUGCUGCCCGCUGUCCUGGUGGGGGCCAACACGUUCGCCUCCCACAUCCUCUUUGCAGUUGGCUGCCCUCUGCUCCUGCUCUGGCCCUUCGUCUGUGAGGCGCCCAACUCCCAGAGGAGGAAGCUGAAGAAGGAACUGCGGGAGGAGCUUCAGGAGGAGGAGGAGCCCAUGAUGGAGAUGAGGCUGCGGGAGUCUCCGGAGAGGUUCUCGGCUGCUCUGUUGCAGCUGGGGCUCAAGUACCUCUUUGUGCUUGGCGUGCAGCUCCUGGCCUGCGUCUGGGCAGCCAUGAUCCUCAGGCGGCAUCUCAUGGUCUGGAAGGUGUUUGCCCCAAAGUUCCUCUUUGAGGCUCUGGGCUUCAUGGUGAGCAGCAUCUGCCUCCUGCUGGGGAUCUUCCUGGUGAUGCGUGUAGACUGCACGGUCAGCGCCUGGUUCGAGCAGCUCCAGCCCAGGUAGCAUCUGAGCAGCCGAGAUGCAGGGAAGCCGACGCGGAGCAUCGUCCCCUGAGGUGACGGCUGCGUCCCUGCCUCGCGAGGCCAGGCGGGACCCGGGAGCCGCCACCAUGGACAGUAGCUGGGGAUUAUCCCCGUCUCCCUGCUGAGCGCUACAGGGCAGGGCCGGCUGAUCUCUGGCCUCACUCACUGUGUCAUUGAACUCUGAGCUGAACUUCAUUGCCUCCCGCCGGGUGGGUUUGGAGCCCAGGCCAGGCACGCUGGGCAGCAGCGAAGGGCCUGUUGGGGGAGGGGACGAAAGCACAAAGCCUCAAGUGCCCUCCUGUAGCUGGAUGAGGGAGGGGGUCUUACUGCCGUUUCCUUGACAUCUCUUCUCACUGGGCAGAACGCACCGCAGGCCACUGCAGGGCUGUGUGCAGCCUUGGUGUUUGCUACCUCACCUGGGGCAGAGAGGGGGCCUCAUCUAUUGAGGAGCUCCUGGGGUGUGUGGGCACCAGGGGAGUGACCUCCCUGUUCUCUGUCUGCCUGUGCAUCUGCCUCCUCCCGGGCCCUGGCUCCCAAAGAGGGGAGUCUGGGCAGCGCACGUCCCUGGGCUCGGGCAGCAGCAGCUUCUCAGAGGAGGAACUGUCUGCUGCUGUGUGAUGGGGAUACCCCCUGCCUCACUGAUCCUGGUCUUCCUCAGGGCUGCGCAUGUGAGUGCCGCACCCUGAAGUGUGUGUGCGUGACUGUGUGAGAAAGUGUGUGUGUGUGUGAGACAGAGAGAGAGACUGGCCAGAGAAGCCUGCACAGCAUGGUGCUUUCAGAUGGUACCUGGGGCUGGGUUAGCAACAGUCUGUAGAAAGACUGUUUGAAACUGCUGGGGAAGGAGACAGCAAGGAGGGAGGGAGCUGUACCCAGGAAUAAAAUCCUCUCUGAGCCAGGGCUUCAGCCUUUUUUGGUAUCCAAACAGAGACCUCAGCUGUAGCAGCCAGGGCCCCCCGUCUCCUGUUCUGGUGCAUGCCCUUGAAGCUGCUCUGGAGCUCUGGCUGCUCCCAACCCCAACCUUGUGAUUGAGUGACCCAAGCAGCGUGGCUGGUUAGUGAGCACAGCUGAACGACAGCCAGGUAGUGACAGGGCCUAGUAACGAGGCUCCUUGUUAAAGGAGGAAGGGAGAGCCAAGAACUGCAGGCCUAGCCACUGGCAUGUGCUCAUCGGUGGCCAGAGACCAGUGCUCCAAAGCUUUUGGGAGCAGAUAACACCCCUGCAGGACUGACAGCUUAGCCCCUCAGACACACUGAGGCACCACCUGGAGUCCAGGCUGGGCCACAUCUCACAAGCUUGGCAGGGAGGGGCCUGGCCAUGUGUCUGGAAGAUCUGUAAGAAAACCCCAAGUGCUGCAGGUGAUGGUGGUCAUGAUUCAGAGCAUGGUGCUUUUCGCAGUACUGACCUGGGUGCUCCAGCCUUGGGUGAUGUCUCAAAGGAGCUGUCCCAACCUCACUACUCCUAUUUAUGAUCAUGAGAUUGUAUCCCUUCUCUGCAGGGGUUGGGGGGUUAACCAUGGAGCUGGCUAAAUUCCAGUGGGGACGGUCCCAUUCUGUCUCCCUAAAUUCCCCCUGCAGUUAGGGAGUUCUUCACUUCCUGCCCUAAGCCAUUGUGGCAUUACUUGGUGCUAUUAAACCCUGCUGUCCACCCCUGGGUGGGUGAA